ACCGGGAAACGGCAGGAGGAAGAUAAUUGUGUAAACAUGGCGUCAUCGUCUUCUACUAAAAUGAACCCCUCAUGGAUGGAGAAUUUACCACCUGAUUUAUGUUGCCAACCACUGAAAAACAUAGCAAUUCCUGGUACACAUAACACUUUUACAUACUCGUUGAAGGCAGAUUCUCCUGUUUCGCCAGGUACGCCUGACACCAUCCGGAAUCUAGUUACUGUAUUUGGAAAACCCGCCAGUAAAGUGAUUUUAAAGUGGUCUAUUACACAAUCUCUGACGAUCAAAGAACAGUUAGAGUAUGGCAUUCGGUACUUUGAUUUGCGUGUCGCAACUUGCAAGAAACAUCCCGGUUUAUAUUUUAUACAUGGAUUGUAUGGAUGCUCAGUGGAGAGUGGACUCGCAGAGAUUGCGGAGUGGCUGGACGCUCACCCGAAAGAGGUUGUAUUUUUGGACUUUAACCAUCUGUAUGAUAUGCAGCCCCAGGACCAUCAAAAACUUUUUGAGAUUCUAAAAGAAACAUUUGGUAAUAAGCUCUGUCCAAUUAUUGAUACGGAAGAAACGGCUUUGAAUGUUUUGUGGGAAAACGGCUGGAAUGUGUUAGUCUUCUACCACAAUAGCUACCGACAACGAGAAGAUAUUAAUACGUUAUGGCCCGGUAGCCAUAUCCCCGCACCGUGGCCGAACACCCCCGAACCUACCAAGAUGGUGAACCUGUUGGAGGCGAAUCACACACGCGGUCGGAAUGUCAAAACGUUUCAUGUGACCCAAGGAAUCUUAACGCCAUCUGGUACAACAAUUUUACAGCACAUUGCCCGGCCUCUUAAAGCAGUGUUUGCCGUUCCCGCUAUGAAGAAUCUCAAGUUUUAUCUCAAGGAUAAGAAGGCGGGCGCGACAGGAGUCAAUAUUGUGACGGCAGAUUUUGUUGAAACGGACAAUUUUGUGGAGUGUGUUUUGGCUUUGAAUUCGGCUAAAUAAAUUUAUAUUUUUCUUCUCACAUAAAUGCUGCUAUUCGCACAAACAUAAUCAAGCAAUCAUUUUAUAAUGAAACUAGUAAUAAUUAGUGUUUUUGUGAUUUCUUUUUUCUUGAUUUAUAUAUAUAUAUAUAUAUAU